GCCCGGCCUGGCCCGGCCCGGCCCGGCCCAGCCAGGCCUCACAGAGCAGGAGCGGGGGCCGCGCCGCGCUCUUGGCCCAGGCCUCAGGGGGCGGUCCGUGGCCGGCGCCUCUCGUUCGGGCGCAGGCGCCACCGUGAGCCUGCGGCGGAGCGCUGCCCGCCCGGGAACGGCGGCUCCAUGCGCUGCCAGGUCUCGGUACUGUAUUUCGCCAGGAGCGCGGAGCUGGCGGGGCUGCGCAGCGAGACCCUCUCGGUGCCACGGCAGAUCACCUCGCUGCAGCUCUGGGAGGAGAUCGUCAAGGUUCACCCAAGGCUUGCUGUCAUCCGGGAUCAAGUGGUUUUUGCUGUUCGGCAGGAGUACGUGCUUCUUGGAGAUCAGCUCCUGGUCCUGCAGCCCGGAGACGAGGUUGCCGUCAUCCCACCAAUUAGUGGAGGCUGAACCUGCCCAGGU